AUGUCUAGUAACGAUCAGCCAAGGUAUGAGACUACUCAACAGCCAACACCCUACACCCAACACCCAACGCAACACGAGUCAACUGACUCGACCUCCAGCGUGACGGAAGUCUACUACUCCGUCCUUGGCCUCCUCAUCUCAGAUGCCCUAGCCAACAGCCCAGCAGCCCAUGAGUUCGCCGACGAGUUCGUCACACAGAAGAAAGCACUCUCCGACACGACCCUUGGUCAGCGCUUCCAUGCGGAUAUUUCUGCUAAGCUAUCGAGCUCGUCUGCUGCCCCGGCUGGUACACAGCAGAUGCUGGAGAGCAUGAAUCUUACUGUUGAUGAUAUUGUGAAGCCAAAGGAGGAGGAGGACGUGGUGGUGCCAAAGCCGAUCGAGAUCAUCGCUUUCAGGAAGGUUGAGCCUGGUGAUAACAAGCCUCUAUUUCCAUUUCCUCCGGGUAUUCCACUGCCUGAGGGGAAGUAUAUACCUAUUGGCAUCAUUGGAGCGUCGGGAAGGUGUUCUGUCAUGUGA